CCGCCGUAGCCGGAACUGCUGUUGAGCGCGGCUCGCCGGGUCUGCGGGAGGCUGCGCGGCUGCAGCACCGGCGCCGGCAGCCCAAUCAGCCGCACCCCGGCCGCGGAGGGAACGUGCCGGGGCUACGACUGUUGCUCGGCGACUGUACCCGAGGCGGCAGUACCACAUCGGAGUCGCGGCCUCGCUGCAGCCAGCGCUCGGGGCCCGGGGCUGCCCAGCCCGGCCGGAUCUGCGGGCGCCCGGGAGGCCCCCGGGGGGUCCGGGAAGCCAGGCUGCUGCGAGGCAUUGAUGAAAAAGGAUGACAGUGAAGUUGGGAGACGGCGGCGGCGGGGAGGAAGGGCUCAAGAGGCUGGGCAAGAGGGCAGCCGAUGAGGACGCACUGGAGGGAGAGGGGGCCGGCGGCGGGGACGCGGCGGAGGACGGCGGUGGCACAAAGAGGGACGGCAAGACCCCCCGGGGCGGUGGCGGCGGCCCCUCGGCCCCCGCGGGCGGCCCGCAGGCCCCAUCCCCACCGCCCGCCUGCCCCCAGGACCAGCACCACUUCCUCCGGUCCAGCGUGAGGCCGCAGAGCAAGAGGCUCAGGAAGGACUCGUCCUGCGCCGGGGGGAGCAGCGGCGCUGGCAGCUCCGGGCCCCGCGGAAAAGGAGCCGACGGUGGCGGAUCAUCCUCCGGAAAUGGGUCUGGGGUGGCCCCCGCUGCCCCUGCCGGGGGCUCGCGCUCCUCCUCCCGGAACUUAGGGUCUUCUGGCGCUGAGAAGGAAGAAGGUAAAAAGGUCCGGCGGCAGUGGGAGUCGUGGAGCACGGAAGACAAGAACACUUUCUUUGAGGGUCUGUACGAGCAUGGGAAGGACUUUGAAGCGAUCCAGAACAACAUAGCCCUCAAGUACAAGAAGAAAGGCAAGCCGGCCAGCAUGGUGAAGAACAAGGAGCAGGUGCGUCACUUCUACUACCGCACGUGGCACAAGAUCACCAAGUACAUCGACUUUGACAACGUGUUCUCGCGUGGGCUGAAGAAGUCCUCCCAGGAGCUGUACGGUCUUAUCUGCUAUGGCGAGCUGCGCAAGAAGAUUGGGGGCUGUAUGGAUGACAAGAAUGCCACGAAGUUGAAUGAGCUCAUUCAGGUUGGGGCCACCACAGUACGUUACAAAGGGAGAAACCUGCGGAUCAAAGCACCCAUGUGCCGAGCCCUGAAGAAGCUCUGUGACCCAGACGGAGUGAGUGACGAAGAGGACCAGAAGCCAGUGCGCCUGCCCCUGAGAGUCCCCGUGGAGCUGCAGCCGCGGAACAAUCAUGCUUGGGCUCGCGUGCAGAGCCUUGCCCAGAACCCCCGGCUCAGAAUGAUCGUGGAGCUCCAUCGGAAGGUCUCCAGCCUCAUCGAAUUCUUGAAGCAGAAGUGGGCGCUCCAUGAAGUGCGAAUCCGGAAGACGCUUGCGGAGCGGCAGCUGCAGGAUUCAUUCGUGGAGCCGUCACAGGAGAAGGUGGCGCUGCACCUGUUCCCAGGAGAGAACUGCACCCUGACCCCGCUCCCAGGGGUGGCCCGGGUGGUACACUCCAAGGCUUUCUGCACGGUGCACUGGCAGGAGGGCGGCCGGUGCAAACAGAGCACCAAGGACACCCACACGCUGCCUCCAGCCCAGAUCCUGGGCAUCCAGAGUGGCCAAGGCACGGCCAGGGGCCAGGUGAAGUGCCCAAGGGGCAGCACCGAGGGCAAGGUCGGGGGGCGGCCUCCUCCCUCCACCGAUGCUUCGCAGAGCUCCGGAGAAAGUUCCCCUGAAAGUGCCCCUGGGGAGGGGGCCGCCCCAAGCCUCAGCAGCCUGGACGCUCCUGACAGGCUUCCCCCCGGGCUCCAGGACACUGGGGUGCAGCUUGAGAAGACCCCUACGGCCGCUCCUGCAGAGGGUGGGGAUGGCCCUGCCCAAGAGCCCGGGGCCAUGAUGUGUGCCUGUGGCCAGCUCCCGGAACUAGAGGAUGAGCUCUCCCUCCUGGACCCCUUCCCCCGCUACAUGAAGUCCUGCCAAGACCUCAUCAUCCCCGAGCUGUGCCGCUGCACAGACUCUCGUCCCUUGGCGUGUGCCUCCCCAGAGACGCGUGCCCCCAGCAGCACCGAGGCAGCCGACCUUGGCCGUACCAGGGCCCCAUCCCCCACCUGCGGCCCGCCUGGCCCGGAGCCUCAGCCCAGGCCAGGUCUCCAGCCAGAUGUUUGCACUAAAGACUUAGCAGACGCUCCUGCAGAGGAGCCCCAGGAGAAGGCGAGCCCUUCGGACCUCCCGCCGCCUCAGGGACAGCCUGCCGCCAAGCCCCCAAAGGAUGUCCCCGCCAGCCGGCUGGCCCAGCAGCUCCGCGAGGAGGGCUGGAACCUGCAGACCUCCGAGAGCCUGACGCUGGCCGAAGUCUACCUCAUGAUGGGCAAGCCGAGCAAGCUGCAGCUGGAGUACGAUUGGCUGGCCGUGCUGGGCCCCGAGGGCCAGGCCCCCGGCAGCUCCCCGCCCGCUGCCUUCCACAAGCAGCGCCUCCUCGGCUGCCUCCUGAAGCUCAUCUCCACUGAGGUCAACCCCAGGCUGGCUCCCGAAGCAAACGCCAGCUCCACGGCCUCGGUGAGGCCCGCCCAGGAGGAGCAGUCGACGACGCCCCCAGGAAAGGUGGUGACCAUCAGCUCCCGGAGCCCCCGCUGUCCUCGAAACCAGUCUGCCCUGCGCAACAGCAAGACUUUCUCGCCCAGCUCCGCACCUUGCCCCUCAGGUUUGAGAAACCCUCCAAGACCCCUCUUGGUGGCUGGUCCCUCCAGUACAGGAAGCAGUGACUCAGAUGGUGGCCUUUUUGCUGUCCCAACAACAUUGCCACCCAACAGCCGACAUGGGAAGCUCUUCUCUCCCAAUAAAGAGACAGAAUUGACUUUCCUUCAGCACCUGAACUCCAUCAGUAUGCAGUCGGAUUUCUUCUUGCCAAAGCCCCGGAAGUUGCAGAACCGGCACCUACGGAAGCCGUUGGUGGUCCAGAGAACCCUGCUUCCUAGACCCUCUGAAAACCAGUCGCACAACGUCUGCUCCUUCUCCAUCCUCUCAAAUUCCUCCAUAACUGGGAGAGGCUCGUUCCGGCCCAUCCAGUCCUCCCUGACCAAAGCGGCUCUGUCUCGGCCGAUCAUGCCCAAGGUCCUUCCGCCCCAGGCCACGGGCCACCUGGCCAGUGCUGUUGACUUAGCAGCUACGAGUGCUGGAAUCAUCCCUGGGAGCCCUCUCCCUGUCUUGGAUGCCGACGGCUUGUCUGGCAUCUCGCCACUGUCUACAGAUGAAGCGACAGCUGCCCUCUCGGGUCAGGACUCCACCGGUACCCACCAGAAUGGAGACCCCAUCCCCACCGUGGGGGGUGCAAGCGACCCAUUCGUCACUAUCCCCUCGAGGCCUGAGCAGGAGCCAGUGACGGACAGUUUCCAGGGUUCGCCUGUCCUCUCCCUACCUGAGCUGUCCAAGGCUCCUCUCCACAACGGGCUCUCCACCCCACUGCCGUCGGUAGAGAGCUCCAGCACCCGGCUCUCUCCACCUAACGUCUCUGCUCUACUGGACAUCUCCCUGCCCGGCCCGCCCGAGGACGUACUCUCGCAGGGGGAGCCUGCCACGCACAUCAGCGACUCCAUCAUUGAGAUCGCCAUCAGCUCCGGCCAGUACGGUGAAGGAGUCCCUCUUUCUCCAGCAAAACUGAAUGGCAGUGACAGUUCCAAGAGUCUUCCCUCCCCAGCCAGCAGCCCCCAGCCAGACUGGAUCGCCUCCCCAACCCACGACCCCCAGUGGUGCCCCAGUGACCCCACGGACUCGUCACUCAGCAGCUUAUUUGCAAGCUUCAUCUCCUCAGAGAAGGGCCGGAAGAUGCUGCCGACUCCAGUGGGGACCCACAGCGGUACCUCCCUGCUUGGCCCCAGCCUGCUGGAUGGAAACUCGAGAGACUCGUUUGUGUCCAGGUCCCUGGCCGAUGUAGCAGAGGUCGUGGAUUCCCAGCUGGUGUGCAUGAUGAAUGAAAAUAGCGUCGAUUACAUCUCUCGGUUCAACGAUUUGGCCCAGGAGCUGUCCAUCACCGAGCCGAGCCGCAGAGAGGCACUGUUUGAUGGCAGUGGUGGUGGCCCCCCUGUCACUGACCUAUCCCAGUGACCGCACCUCGGGCGGGGGCAUCCUGGAGACGCCAGAGGAGGGCUUACAGGGCUGGUGGUCCCCAACUGUGGUGGGUGUAGCCCUCUUCAGACUAGAGGAAACAAACCAAGCCCAGGACCCCCGGGAGACGGUCUGAAUAGAGACACCUCUGCACCCCAGAACGCACAGCAUGCUAGAAGCCUUGUCCCAACAGGCAGAGGACAGUGGUGGCCUGGGAGAAGAGGACGAGUUCUGGAAGGGCCGACAGUAGACAUCGCUGUGGCUUGGAGCAGUUCUUCGCCAAUCGUGGGGUCUCAAGUUAGGGUCUGUGUCGUGACCACAUUUCCACCCACACUUUGGCCUUGGUUGUUGUGUUGGAUGGUCCGGUGGGUUUUCUUGCUGAGAAAGAAUAUGGGUGUGCCCUGGCCUAGUCAUUGCUUCCUGGGUAGUUGUAACCUCCCCGCUCUCUGCAGGGAGUGCCCAGGCCAUGGCUGCAUUCUUUCUGCCAAAGCUGUGCCUCACUGGUUGCUUCUCUGCGGAGCGAUGAAGGAGGGGGGACGGCCAGCUGGGCCGGCUGGGCUCUGCCUGGUGGUGUCUGCAGCCGACACAGUAGACACUGAUCACAUGGCAGCAGAGUCCCAGGGCAGCGUCACUGGUGCCAUCACCCCCGGAAUACUGAUCUUUGCCUAGUGCUUUCCCAUCUAGACUUAUGUUGUGACCAACUGCACAGGAGGGGGAAAGAAUCAUGUCGUAUGCAGGUCGUGUGGACUUUUAGGAAAAAUCCUGCUACGCUGGUUGCAGAAUGUUUUUCUUGUGUUUUAAGAAUUAGGAGACAAUGAAGAGGAAGAACAGAGUUGAAUUGUUUCCUUCCUGUAUCCAUCUGCAAGUUUCUUCUAGAUGAUCUAAGAUGUUAUUUCUCUCUAUUGGGAUGAUCUUUAAGCACCCGUUUGACAGUUAAGACUUUCCUGAUGAGUCCUUGAAUUUCUGAUGUGUUUCUAUUUAGCAUCUGAGCCAAAUGGACUUUGCAGGGAUGGUUCUCUUCUUCAGUCUCCUCUUCUUUUCAGUUGCCUUGGAGCAGAGCACGCCACGGUGUGUGUUUCAUCCCUUGCAUCUUCUUUUGCCCUGUGGUCUCCUAUUUCUCUUCCUGUUCAAGGAAUGCAGGGAAGGGUCAGGCAUCCGGGGGCAGCCACAGCACUAACCACACCCCUGGGUUGUGCUCACUCCGUGAGCCUUCCUGGGUGACCAGUAGUCACCACUGCAGAGGGUCCAGCGUCCGGUCCUUCCCCAGAACAGGACUGCCAAGGCCCCUGUGUCUGCUCAGCCUGGGGAGACUCAACACGUAACACACAGUCCAGUCACAUCUGUGUGGCCAGGAGCCAGUGCACUGGUGUUGGGCUAGUCAUACCCAUGCCACCAUCCCACCUGCUGCAUCACCCUCCCCGGGAGACAGGAUCACCCACCUGAACCGGCCACUAUUUCUCCUGCUCACCUUUCCUCUUCCUCCACUGGCAGUGGAGUAGCAGCCCUCGAGGCCAGUCCUGGCCCUCUACACGUGUGAAAAAGGGAGAAAGGUCUUUCUCAUGUGCAAGAAGAGUAAGACGCUCUUGAUCCCAUAACCUCACCAGCCAUUUGCAGCUACUCUAGGCUGCAGACAGGGUCGUUCACUCCAAGCCAUGGAGGAAACUGAGGACAGCUAGCUUCCAACCAAUAGCUUCCUUCCUUUGUCUCAAGUGUUUCUCAGAGCUCUUGCCUCCAAGGUGGCUUCCUUCUUUCAGAUCUGGUUCUAGCCACAAACAUCAAGAAAAGCCUUCUGGGCUCAUAAGAAAAGUCCCAAAGCCAUGGCAAUAUUAAAGAAAGGGACAUGGUGCCACUUUAUUAAGAGAUAAAGACAGCAUUGUUUGAACCAGUUUCUUUAAACGAGGUUGUGUUUUGUGAUCAAUAUAUCAGCUUCCUGAAAUUAGUACCUUACUGGGCUGAACAGGAUCUGGAGAUCUCUCUGUUUCUCUGGGCAUCUGACUUUGUUAGGUCUGCAGUAGGUUGGGAGACCAGGCCAACUUUUCGACUCGCUUCCUCAUACCCCCUACUGUCUGGGGUCAGAGAUGCCAAGUAACGUUACAGCACCGCCGCUGCGUGUGAUGCCCAACGGCAAAUGUGUCCUGUGCCAGGAAUGGUAGGGCUCCUGAGCUACUUGUCCAUCGGGACACCCCGAGACCGUCUAGUGGGUGGGCUGGCACUUGUUACCCAGUGACAUCGAAGAGGAGGAAAACUCGGGAGAUUCAGAUCAGCCGUUGGAGGCUGUUUGGCAGCACCUCUCACCUGGGUCUCUGGCAUAGACUCCAUCAGGGAGCGCCGACUGUGGCCAGUGUCAUCCACUGGGAGGUGGGGAGGGAGGAGAGUGGAUGACACUUCUCACCUGUAAUAAAGCUCACAUCAUUCCAGAGAAUUCUGCUUCUCUAGCAACCAGACGCCCAGUAUAAGUGUUUGCUUGCCAUAUCAAGGAACAUGGUGUCAUUUGUAGCAUUAAAACAAUGGAUGCCUUUUCCCCCCAGCCUAAAUGAAUAUAUAUGUAUAAAAAUAAGCAACUGUUAAAGGCUGGAAUUUUCAAAGACCCAAGCAGAGCAACCUCCCACUUCCUGCAUCUUCCUCUGCCUGCCCAACAGAAGUUGUGAUAGUCUCACUAUGCACCUGUGGCUUCCUUUGUGCAUUCGAGCAUGUUGUAAUUAAGAGCAGAUCAGUCUCUCGGAAACAUCUUUUCCUGGUCACUCGAACAGGUCCUGGGAUCUUUUGCCGAUUCCUCUUUUGUAAAGAUUUGAGACUGAGUAUGUCUGGUCUCAAGGGAAUUGGUGUUUAGACCUUGAUUCUUAUUGUGACUUCUAGUGGUGAGCGUUCCGUUCUUCAGAAGACAGAGGCAGGGUGAAGUUCACGGUUCCACACGAGGUGUGUGACGACAUUUUUUCAUCUCUCUGUAUCUUCUAGGUGUAGAGCACUUCCUCAGGGAGGGGUAUAAUUGGAAACAUUUCAUCAGUUGCUCGCCUUGCUUUCCCACAUCUCUGAGUUCUGAGCCUCAGAAUCCCAUUCUUUAUCAUGCUGUGUCAUGACCUCUACGGGUGGGUGUCCUUUUCAGUGUAAUAGCGUCUUUACCUAGAUCACACCAUUGAAUCCAAACUCGUGCAGACAAAAGUAAUGGAAUAAAAGACACUGGAAACAAGUGGAGGAGGAGAACAGCAGCUGCUGGGGGUUUUUUGGUUUUGGUUUUUUAAGACAUUGAGAUCUGUCAGAUGCGUUUGUGAAGAAAUAGGGCACUUUGUCUUAAGGAAGGACAAAAAAGGGAAAGAAACCACAGCAAACGUUUCCUGACUAUCAGAGCUCUCCUACUCCCACAGCAAUUUGUACAUCACAUUACGUAAGUAAGUUCAGUCUUGGAAGCACUACAGCAACGUGUACCCUUCGUUCUGUGACAGGAUAACUGGCUCCAGAGCUGAUCCGGGUAGCAGAACGUAUUGCUGUUUCUUUUAAUAAUUGUUAAGCCAUAUCAUCUAAGGUUUUCGGCUUGUUUGAGAUGUGAAUUUGUUUUAUAGAUUAUAAAUAUGCAUAUAUAGUGUAUGUAUAAAGCAGAAUGCCUGUCCUGAUUAUUUUUUGUACCAUAUUGUAAAUUACAUUAUUUAUUCUUUACCAAUUUUGGGAAUAAAAGGUGUUUUGGUUAUUUAAUAUAAUAAACAAAAGCUGUUAAACUUAUGUUUAAAUUUCCAGUUUAACUUGUAAAUCUGUUUUUAUUAUUGUGCAUAAAU